AUGGGGGUGUUUGGGGCCUCCAUCUGCUUGCGGAGCAGUUCCGAACGGAGGAAGGAGAAAUCAAGAGAUGCAGCAAGAUGCAGAAGAAGUAAAGAGACUGAAGUUUUCUAUGAACUGGCACAUGAGCUGCCCCUGCCCCACAACAUCAGUUCCCACCUGGACAAAGCAUCCAUAAUGCGCCUGGCAAUCAGUUUCCUACGCACUCACAAGCUUCUGUCUUCAGUAUGUGCUGACAACGAGAAUGAACUAGAGGCAGACCAGCAGAUGGACAACUUGUACCUGAAAGCUUUGGAGGGAUUUAUUGCCGUGGUGACACAGGAUGGAGACAUGAUCUUUUUGUCAGAGAAUGUCAACAAAUACAUGGGUCUUACCCAGGUGGAAUUAACUGGACACAGCAUUUUUGACUUCACUCAUCCAUGUGACCACGAAGAAAUUCGGGAGAAUCUGAGUCUGAAAAAUGGUCCAGGCUUUGGAAAGAAGAGCAAAGAGAUGUCAACUGAACGUGACUUUUUCAUGAGGAUGAAAUGCACCGUUACCAACAGAGGCAGAACCGUUAACCUCAAGUCUGCCACAUGGAAGGUUUUGCACUGCACUGGGCAAGUUAAAGUGUAUAACGCUUGCCCUCCUCACACUCUGUGUGGGUACAAAGAGCCUCUUCCCACCUGCCUUAUAAUAAUGUGUGAGCCUAUUCAGCAUCCUUCGAACAUCGAUAUCCCCCUGGACAGCAAGACCUUCUUGAGUCGCCAUAGCAUGGACAUGAAAUUUACCUACUGUGACGACAGAAUAACAGAGUUGAUUGGAUACCAUCCAGAGGAGCUGCUGGGCCGUUCAGCAUACGAGUUCUACCAUGCCUUGGACUCUGAGAGUAUGACCAAGAGUCACCAAAACUUGUGUACAAAAGGUCAAGUAGUGACGGGCCAGUACCGUAUGCUUGCCAAGCAUGGCGGAUACGUAUGGCUGGAAACUCAAGGAACGGUGAUUUACAAUACGCGCAACCUACAGCCUCAGUGUAUCGUCUGCGUCAACUAUGUGCUGAGUGAAAUUGAGAAGAAUGAUGUUGUGUUCUCCAUGGACCAAACGGAAUCGCUCUUCAAGCCUCACCUGCUGACGAUGAGCACCGCCUAUGAGAACAGCAUCCCUGUCACGGAGAAGAGCGACUUCUUGUUUACUAAGUUCAAGGAGGAACCAGAGGAACUUGCUCAGCUGGCACCAACACCUGGCGAUGCCAUUAUUUCCCUGGAUUUUGGGACACAGAAGUUUGAGGAAGCCCCUGCCUUCACCAGCGCUGUUUUGACACCAAACAAAGCAUGGCCAGUGGAAGUGAAAAGCCGUGCUGCUCAAGGUGAAACACUGACAAUACCAUCCUUUACAAUGCCUCAGAUUGCACCUGGCAGCAGUACUCCAAGUGCAAGCAGCAACAGUAGCUGUUCCACGCCAAGCAGCCCAGGAGAUUAUUACAGUUCUGUGGAUGAAGAUCUUAAGAUUGAAGUGAUUGAAAAACUCUUUGCCAUGGACACAGAAUCAAAAAGUCAGUGCAACUCCCAGACUGACUUCAAUGAACUGGACCUUGAAACCUUGGCUCCUUACAUUCCUAUGGAUGGAGAAGAUUUCCAGCUUAGCCCAAUCUGCCAAGAAGAAUGUCCUCUCUCUGAAAGUGCACAAAAUACCCAGCAGAGUCUAAGUAGCAUGAGUACCAUCUUCCAACCCCUUGCUUCUGCUUCACAGAAUCAGUUCCUCCCAGAGAAAUAUUACCCACAGCUAUCAAAUAAAAACAUUAACCCUGGUCACGGGUCCCUGUCAUCGGUGUUCUUCAACAAUGCCAGCAGGUCAUCACUGCCGCCAUACCAUGACCAAGCCAGCACUCCCCUGUCUUCGAUGGGAGGAAGACCAAACACCCAGUGGCCGCCUGAUCCCCCAUUAGAAUAUGUUCCUGCUAAAUGGAGACUCAUGGAUAAAUACUCAGGAUCCCUGUCAAGUUCCCCUUCAGGUCCACCAGUACAUUCUCCCAUCAUGCCCAUAUAUAAAAAAAGGCCCCUGGAUGCUUUUGGGCAACGAGGCAUAGAUAUAAACCCGGCAAGAAUUGCUCUGUCUAACAGUUUGAAACUGAAGCGACAACUGGAUUAUGAAGAACAAGUGUUGCAACAGCUGAGCGGGGGAGAUCCAUCUGUCAUUAACCCAUCUCACCUAAUGUGGAAGAGAAUGAAAUUUCUCAAAGGGGAAAACAGUUCCUUGGUUACAGAAAAGAAGUCUCUCAGCACAAGCGUUCUUACUGAUGAAUUUGUCUGUAACAACUCGAGAGGUCUAAGCCAGCCAAUGAAUCAACUGCAGCAACAGCAGCAGCAACAGCCAACCACCUGUGGCAGUCCUGGUGAGAAUCUGAAAGCAGGAGCAUUUCCCCCUCCGUUUUACAGUUCCCAUUAUCAGGACUAUACUGUCCAGCCAGCUCAUAAAGCAUCAGGUAUGACCAGUCGUCUGCUGGGGCCCUCCUUUGAACCCUACUUGUUGCCCGAGUUGACAAGAUAUGACUGUGAGGUGAACGUCCCUGUUUCGGGCAGCUCUACGCUUCUGCAGGGCAGUGAACUGCUCAGAGCGCUGGACCAGGCAACCUGAGCAAUCCUGCAAUAUUCCAUGGCCUGUACUGUUCAAAACAGCUUCAGUUUUUAAAUAUAUUUUUGCAAGUAGACAAUUUCUAAUACCAAUACACUUUUACAGGAUUUUACUUAGAUAUUGAACCUGUCCACGUUACCAAAUAGUGGCCUUUUGAAGUUACUCACUUUAUUAUUCAUAUUAAAGAAAUACAUCUACUGUAUUUUCUCUAUUGCAAUUAAAGUGUUGUUUAGAGAGUCUGAUUACCCUCCCCUUAUCUCAUUACCUGUAAUUUAUACUCUGGAAUUUUCUUCAAAUUUCAUGCUAAUAAAAAGCUGUGGUAGAAAUGCCUGAUCAUGUGAUAACUUUGGCUGCAGUACUGCAAAGAGUUAUUUUUAUUGCCAAAGAUGAAUGAAACAAAUUUGAUCUCCAACCACAGUUUUUUGUGAUCUGCCAAAUUGAAAUCCUUUGGGUCUUUCUGUUUUCCAGCUUUUAUCGUAUUGUAACUUUAAUAUUAAACUUUUGGAAAAGUAUACUAAGGAAAAAUCCCAGCCUUCCCCCUUCCCCCCCCCUUCAUUUUUUAUACACUUUGUUGAAAGAAAUGUGAAUGGUGAACUGCAAUGUUUGUGGGUAUCUGUGAAAGUUGCAUGUUGUAAGCUUUUUUUCCUCAGACACAAGCCCCAUUUCUCAGCUGCCUUAACUGGGCUUAGCUCUACGGCCAAAGGAGUCCUACAGAUUUACCC